AUGGCACCAAAAGCUGAAAAGAAACCUGCUUCAAAAGCUCCAGCUGAAAAAAAACCAGCUGCUAAAAAAACUUCAUCAUCAUCAGAUGCUCCAAAAAAGAGAUCAAAAACUAGAAAAGAAACUUAUGCUUCAUAUAUCUAUAAAGUUUUAAAACAAACUCAUCCAGAUACUGGUAUUUCACAAAAAGCAAUGUCAAUUAUGAAUUCAUUUGUUAAUGAUAUUUUUGAAAGAAUUGCAGGUGAAGCUUCAAAAUUAGCCUCAUAUAAUAAAAAAUCAACAAUUUCUGCAAGAGAAAUUCAAACUGCUGUUAGAUUAAUUUUACCAGGUGAAUUAGCUAAACAUGCUGUUUCUGAAGGUACUAGAGCUGUUACUAAAUACUCUUCAUCAACUUCAGCUUAG